AUGCCAAGUACGUUCCUGCUGCUCUUCAGCGCCGUUGCAGCUCAAACGUUGAAGUGUAAGCCCUCAGUCCUCGGAAAAGUCCUUGCGUCGAACGCUUCCGAAUUGGCGAUAGCCGAGAAGAACAAAACAAUAUUGAACAAAAUACCGUCGAGAGAGGAGGCGGAGGAGUUACCGUUGUUGGAUUGCAACGAGGAAGCGAUCGAUUCGUACAAUGUGACUAAAGGAAAUCUGGAGCCAGCGUUCAGCAGACUUAUUCAAGACGGCAAAUCGGAGGACGAGGAGAAAGUAGCACCGCCGAUCGACAAAGACUCUGAAGUACAAGGAAUAAGGCUGGUCGACGAAGGCGACAGGUUAUCGACCCCGGAUUCGAAUAACGGAAGUUCGAAGCUCGAGGAGAGCCUCUACGGAACGUCGGGGAAGAGCUCGAGCACGAAGACAAUUUCCGAAGUCUCUUACAGGCUAUCCAGAACAAACGAUCUGACCAGCGUGACUACAAAGUCCUCGUCAGAGGAGACCAGGUCCGACGAGAAGACAAACGAAACAGUACCUGACACUGGCUACCAUGAAGCGAACAAAACCGCAAAAUCACCUGGGUCUAGUGAGGAUGAAAUUGUUGCGAAGCCAGAACUUGUAGGUUCUUCGAAAGAGUCAAAGAUCACCGAAACGAUAUUUGACACCAGUGAAUUCGAAGACAAGUCGACCACUCAGAAAGCUCUAUCCUCAGAGAAGAUUCCAGCGAGAACUAAAAAGACGGAUGCUUCGAGUCCGGUGAAGAACGCUGAAGUACCAGACCUGAAGGAGGCUGACGAGGAUAAAGGGAACGGCGAGCCUAUCUCGUUAAUCAACGACACGUACGUCAACUACAGCCACCACCAUAAGACCUCGACGGAUAAAAACUCGGAGACGGAAAACCAGUCAAGAGCUGUCGAGAAAGCGACUAACUUUAUCUCCGAAGACAGUGCCAUAACUCGAAAAGCCAGGGAUCCUAAGGAGGACGUAGAGGUUGUCGGUAACGUGACCGAUGUCGCGGUUCAGAAAAUCGAAGAAGGGUCGAAAAAUGCAACCACGAAGCACGCAGAAUUGGUCGACAAAUCGAACCAAGGUUCGAAUCGGGCUGAACACUCGAUUCAGAAUUCUACAAAAAUCGGCGAAGCCGUAGCACAGAUGCGCGAUGUGAUCGAUGAGAAAAAUCAACAGAAGCCAGAGGAACGUUCAACCGAGAAACCAAACCAUGAAACGUCGACUCCUCAGGAUUCCUCCAGUCCCAUUCCUAGGGGCAGAACGAUCGCUUUUUCGGGGAUAAAUGAGUUCCCGAAUCUAGAAACAAAACCCACGACGACCCCCAAGAUCGACGUUACGCUUUCAAAGAAGAACAUCAGCGGCGAAAAGCUAACGGACCAAAGACCGUAUCCUUACGUAAAGUCAACCGUCAAAGAGGAAGUCCAUAAUACCAGUAAUCAGGUAGACGCUACGACAGAAGAAGUGUCCGCGUUCGAGAACACGAUUGGCAGAGGACAAUCCGACGAGAAGUUCAUCGUCACGGAGGCGUCCGAUGUGUUGGAGAACAGCAUUCAGCAGCUGAAGCCGACGUAUCACGAGAAAGCAGGCAACGAGUCCUCGACUGUUUCAACCGCACCGCCCCGUCCCUCCAUUCCCAUGACGACCGUAACGUUGGACGAACCACGGCCGACGAAUCUGUCCGCCGUCGAUGAGCCCAUCGAUCCGAAGACAAUCACGAAACCCGAAGAAAAAUCGACGACCACGGGAAAUGAUGUUCCCCGGUGGAGUGAAGGUCGCGAGGCGAUCACGGGAAGGGGGAACUUCGACAUGACUGGGAACGGAAUAACGGAAGUCAGCGUAAAACCAGAGAGCGUCGAUAAACGAACUUACGGGCCGUCGUUCCACGAAAGCGACCGAGCAACAACGGCGAAACCGCAAACGACUGCCGGAAUGCCCUCGAACGCCGACGUUCAAACGAACCCAGAGAGCUCGAUGCUGAUUCGUUCGACCCUGAACGCCACGGAGCUUGCCACCGAGUUCCCUUUGAGCAAAGCGAAUUCUUCCGAUGUGGAAAAUUCGACGAUUACUUCUCUUCUAGACACCACCACCGUGAAAAUACCCGAAAGCACGACCCUACCGCCUGCCACUACUAUCGACAAGAUCUCUACCAGAACCAUUACCGAGCCUCCCGGUAUCCUGGACGCGAAUGGAACAAAUGAAAUUCCUUCCGGUGUCAAUGGUCUAUCUAGUCUUGACGAAAACUUCGUGCCCACUACAACCGCCAUCGAGUACGAGUUCGUUGGACUAUCAGAAGCGACCACUGUCCUUGGUCCGAACAUCACCGAGGAAACAUCCCAAGUGCAUGGAUUGGUGAAUGACACUAUGACAGUACCAACGGUUCAGGACUUGUUUACUAAAAGUUCCUCGAACGAGACUUCUACGGUGAAGAUCGCGACGGUAACGGAUAAUUCAUCGACCGGUGAGACGGAGAUGACGAGCACCGAUGAAAGAUCGACAGGUGUUCCGGUGACUGAUCAAACGAUAUCCCCCACGUCGAUGUCAACUCCGACGACGCAACUUAGGGACGAAAUUACCACCGAGGCGAAUGUUAUCGACGAGGAUACCGUUCAAAGUUCAACGAAGGAGGAUGAUGGUCAGAAAACGAGCGUUACCGAGACUUGGACCACUAUUACCGAUGAUGAUAUAGGCACCACUGUUAGAUCGGAGGAGCUGUAUACACCAGAUUCCAAAGAUUCUCGAUCUGCGUUGAAUACGACCGAAACGAUAGCUCGACCCACGGAGACGACGAGUAUUAGCACGACAGAUGCCACUCGGGUGGUUAGCUCCAGCCCCUUUGUGCCGAGCACUCGACGGCCAGAAGUCCGAGUUUCGAGUACCACCAGCACUCCAGCUGUUUCCGGCAUACCAAUGGAGACAACAGAUGACACGAAGGUGUCACCGACGCAGGAGAUCACUUCGUUGGUGCGUAUCGUAAUGGAAGGCAACUGGAACGACGUAUGUCCGAAAAUGGACAAGCUGAGGGUACCUCUUGCGGAGGUUCUGACAUCUGGACUGAAUAAGUCGGUUUCUGAUAAGCAAAUUAUGUUCCAUCGGCAGCCUCCGUGCCCGGAGGUUUCGAGCUCCACCCCAACGCCAUCGGACAUGCCGUUGACGUCGAUAUGGGUUUACGUCGUCGACGAAGACGGGAAAUUCGACGGGACUAUGACAAACAGUUUUCCGAGCUUGUACCAGAAAUCGAAGGACCAUGUGAAAUUCCCAGUCACAUUCAUAAUGAGGAAGAGACAAACGAGAUUCAACUAUGGCGAACGAUGUCGUCCAGUAUCCCUGGAUGCGUAUAGCGUCGACAGUGUCUCCGCGUACAACAGCGUCAGACGCAAAGGGGUGGCCAGAUCUUCGAAAAGGAGCUAUGGGAAUCCCACGUUUGAGGAUUCGAGCGCCAUACCGUCCCAUCCCUUGAAUUUUGCCGGGCUUUCAUCUUUCUGCAAUGACGUUAAUGCAAUCAACGAGGAAUUCGCCGGUAUUCCACAAGUUUCGGCGAAGAUAGACGAGCUACCGACCGGCGCUGAACUGAAGAAUAGAUACGCAAACGUGAUACCGCUUCCGGAGACAAGGGUGCCGCUUCAAAAAAUUAACAACGAUCCACUUACGGAAUACAUUAAUGCCAGUUACGUCAGGCCACCUUAUCACAGACAUUUUUUAUCACAUUUUUAA